AUGUUGGCGGCUGCUGCUCCUCAGGUAAGCCUAAUUUUUUUUGGCAUUUCUCUAAUUUUCAUUGCCACCGUUUUACAGGAACAAAACCAACUUUUCGGUACUAAAUUGAGUGCUCUUAAAACAGCUAUUGAAGAAAUUCACGAAAACGUAGAGAAGAUCAUGGGCAACUUCACAGACUCAGAAAAAUCCGACGUGGGAAAAACAUUUGACAAUGUUGAAUAUUUAUUGGAAAAACUUCGAUAUACUAAUUUAGAAGAUCUUUCUAUGAAGACGAUCACAAAAGUUUUGAGAGAAGUACUGAAUCUUCCUGACAAUUUUAAGGUGUUCAAUAUUUUCAUAACAGACGUGGAAGAUGUUCUUAAAAAGUUGAUCAAAUUCCUUGAAGACUUGCCCGUUCUUACAUUGGUCAACGACAUUAUUCCCAUUAUGAUGAAAUCGAUAUUAGAAGAUUUAUCGAAUAAAAAAUUGUAA